AUGCUUUGGGGAGCAAGAGUAGGCCUGUGUGGACUUCACCAAAGACUCGCUUCAGGAUCCAAGUAUUUACCGCCGAUUGUUUAUCAUCAUCGCAACAUGUCUUCGACCGGAUCAACACAGUUGAAACGCCCGAUUUCGCUACUGGGAUCGAUGGCGUUUGGGGGGCGUGCUGACGCUGAGACAAGCACAAACAUGGUGAAAGCCUACUUGGAGCGCGGCCACAAUGACUUGGACACUGCCUUCAUGUACACAGACGGACAGGCAGAAACUAUCAUUGGGGGAAUGAAUCUACCCAAAACGGGUAACGAACACAGCUUUAAUAGCCUACUGUCUAGUAAACUAACAUUGUAAACAAAAGUAACAUUAUAAUCUGAGUAGGCUAUGUUGCACCACUGCUGCAAGUGUUUUUAUUUCACCAGAUGCCAUGCAUACUAGUAGUAAUUGUAACUACAAAUAUGUGAGUGAGUGCAUUAAAAGUUCAAUCAUACUGGUACAUAAUGUGUGCCCAGAUGACAAAACUGCAAACUACAAUGUUACAAACCACUGCUAUAUUACCAGUAUGACUUCUUCUUACACAUGUUAUAUGACCCAAUUGGAUCUUAUCAGCCAUGUUUGUGUUUAUUGCCUGUAUCUACAGUGAGCAUUGCCACCAAGGCCAACCCCUGGGACGGAAAGACCCUGAAACCAGAGAGUGUGCGUUCCCAGCUAGACACCUCUCUGAAGAGGCUGCGUACACAGUGUGUGGACCUCUUCUACCUCCAUGCUCCAGACCAUCAGAACCCCAUCCAGGACACACUGCAGGCCUGCCAUGAGCUCCACGAAGAGGUACCGGCCCAGAGGGCAACCCUCCCCACACCCACCACGUAAUACAAGCAUAUUUCACACCACCUGGCUCUUUUGUAGACAUGGCAUUUAUUGCUAUGUUGGUUUUCAGGGGAAAUACAAGGAGCUUGGUUUAUCAAACUAUGCUGCAUGGGAAGUGGCUGAAAUCUUUACCAUCUGCCGACACAACAACUGGAUCCUUCCCACUGUUUAUCAGGUAACACGCACAGAAAGUCUACAUCUGUAAUUUAACACACUGCCUUCGUUCAAAAUAGAUAUUAUUAAAUAGUAACUAUGUUCUAAAUGCUGUUUAUCAUUUCCUUAACCAUAACUGUGCCUUUCUGCAGGGAAUGUACAAUGCCACCACACGACAGGUGGAGACAGAGCUGCUACCAUGUCUGAGAUACUACGGCAUCAGAUUCUACGCAUACAACCCUCUAGCAGGUACUGUGCAUCUAUAUAACUAUCUAUAAUGCCUUUAACAUGACAAGAUAUUAAGAGUAUCAUAAAUAAUCUCAAUGUCUAGUGUGAGAACCUGGUAUAACAUUCACUCAGCUCUUCUGUGCAACCAGGGGGCCUUCUCACAGGGAAGUACCAUUAUCAGGACAAAGAAGUUUCUCAGCCUUCAGGACGAUUCUUUGGUAACAACUGGGCUGGUGCUUACAGAGACAGGUGAGAUAACAGAAAAUGGUUUUAAUAAACUAGUAUGGUCAUAGUAGUUACAAUAAAAACAUGAUUUGCCCAGAUUACCUGUACACUAGAUACAAUUAAACAUUACAUUUGGAUGAUUUAUGUGUUGUGUGUCAGGUACUGGAAGGAGAGCCACUUCCAGGCGAUAGACCUUGUUCAGAAGGCCAUGGAGACAGCAUAUGGCUCAGACAAACCCCCCAUGACAUCUGCUGCUCUACGCUGGAUGUACCACCACUCCCACCUCAAGGUAACCGACCACAUGCAAUAAUAAAAACAGGGACAACCCGCUAGGUCACUUUGGCUGCAUUUACACAGGCAGCCUAAUUCUGACCUUUUUCCACUAAUUGGUCUUUUGACCAAUCAGAUCAGCUCUUUUGCCAAUAAUUGGGCAAAAGAUCAGAAUUGGGCUGCUGUGAAAACGCAGCCAAUGAUUACAAAUCAAAUGUUUUUUUAUAAUGUGAAAAGGAUAAUUGUCACUCAAAAUGUCAGCAGUACUAUUUAAACAAUCUUAAACAUAAGUUUAAUAAAAAAUAGUGUGUUGUAUGUAGUGCUAAUUGUUGGGUCCUCUUGUACCUGGGCUUUGUCUCCACUGUUCCAGGGUGAUUUGGGAGAUGGUGUCAUCAUUGGGAUGUCCAGCAUGGAGCAGCUAGAGCAAAACCUGUCUGCAUCUGAGGAGGGGCCUCUGGAUGAGCGUGUGGUGGAGGCCUUCAAACAUGCCUGGGACCUGGUGGCCCAUGAGUGCCCCAAUUACUUCCGCUAG